AACAUGUAGAAGAUGAAAAGAAUAUUUUGAGGAGCGGAAGGGUAGCGGGGGCUUUCAUUGUUUUCUCUUCUAUCUUUGAGACCCACUUCGUUAUGAUCAAGCUUUCUGUCAAUAAAAUAGUGAUUCGUUUCGGCGUUUUUAUGGAGCACUAGUCUCUGCAUCGUUACCCCCGUUUCAAAGGGCACUAUCGAGGAUAUGUUCUUGUUGUCAUCCCCAAAUCUUGGACUGUACUAAUGCCCAUCAAUACCAAACUUGGGAUUGAAGUGGGGAUUGAUAAAGACACUAUGGUAAUCACCGAGAAGUACAGGAGAGAAGUUUAGAGAGCAACAUAGAAUUGUACAGGGAGAAAGAGAGAGAUGGGUGGUGACAGUUCGGGUUACAAGGACUAUGUGGCAGGCUUGCUUGCCGGUGUUGCCACUGUCAUAACUGGUCAUCCAUUCGAUACUGUCAAGGUGAAACUUCAAAAACACAAUACAGAAGCUAAUGGGAUAAAGUACAGGGGUGGUUUGCAUUGUACUGCUAGGAUACUGAAGACUGAAGGAGUAUGCUUCUUGAACUUCUUGUGAAAGGGCUUUAUCGAGGGGCUACAUCUUCUUUUGUAGGGAUGGCCUUUGAAAGUUCACUUCUUUUUGGCAUCUAUUCUCAGGCAAAACAAUCACUGCAGGGACAAUAUCAAAGUGGUAAGCCACAGCCCCAAGUGAUAAUUCCUUCAGCUGCCUUUGGUGGAGCUAUUAUCAGCUUUGUAUUAUGUCCAUCAGAGCUGGUGAAGUGUAGGAUGCAAGUUCAAGGCACUGACACUUUGGUUGUGAACUCCAACAGAUACAGUAGUCCUAUUGAUUGUGCGCUAAAAACUGUAAAGAGUGAAGGGGUUACAGGCAUCUUUCGAGGAGGUUUCACAACAUUGUUGAGGGAAUCUCUUGGAAAUGCAGUCUUUUUUAGCACUUAUGAGUAUGUACGCUUUCGCAUGCAUUUACAUCUGAAUGAUGCUUCAUCAGAUCCUGCUCACUUGAUUGAUGUGGGAGUUGGGAUCAUGAGUGGUGGCCUUGGUGGUAUAGCAUUCUGGUCUGCUGUUCUGCCCUUGGAUGUGGCAAAAACCAUAAUUCAGACUUCCUCGGAUAGAAGUUCGACCAGAAAUCCCUUUCAGAUUCUGAAAUCAAUUUACAGGGGGUCUGGACUUAGUGGAUGCUAUAUGGGUUUAGGUCCUACGGUAGUGAGGGCCUUUCCUGCUAAUGCUGCUGCAAUUGUCACAUGGGAGCUAGCUGUGAAAAUGCUGGGAAUCAGGCAAGACUAAAAAUAGUGCAUCCUGUGAUCGCCUAAUGCUGCUAAUUGUAGUUUGCCCUUGCUAUUAGCAUAUGCUUUGGUGGCUCAUGGCAGAUUAUCCUGGCAUUUUUUUACAUGGCCUGACUGCAAUGCUACCACUCGAUCAAUACAAACCUUGGCAUGAUUCUUGUAUGAUGAACAUUGCUCCAGCCAAUUUGGUACAUCAUAUUGUUGUGGCUGACAAAAUGAACAUGAUCUAUUUUUGAGUGUUUGGCAUGUUUUGUUUUCGUUUUGUAAGAGGAUUGAAGAACCAGUGAUUUAUACUGGUUGGCAUGAUAAGGACAUU